AGUGUGGAUGUGCUGGCCUGUGUGCCUCUCUGUCCCCAGCAGUGAUGACAAAGACAUGUUUUCAAGAUGCUUUUCUGCCCAGCUGCUUCAUCAUCCUCAUCUUCCUGCAGCUGCUGCCCACUGUUGUACACGGAAAUGGAAAUGUCACUUUUGAUGUCAUUGGCCCUAAUGAACCUAUUCUGGCCAUAGUGGGGAAAGGCGCAGAUUUACCAUGCCACCUGUCCCCCAACAUCAGUGCCAAGGACAUGGAGUUGAGAUGGUACAGGGACAAAUUUUCCCCAGCUGUGUAUGUGUAUGAGAGAGGGAAAAAUGCGUCCGGAGAGCAGAUGGAAGAGUACCGAGGAAGAACAACGUUUUUGAUAGACCACAUCGCCAAUGGCACAGCGGCAGUGAGGAUACACGAUGUCACAGUGUUUGAUAAUGGGACAUACCAUUGCUAUUUCCAAGAAGGCACGUAUCAUAAGGAAGCCACACUGUGGCUGAAGGUGGCAGGACUGGGCUCACAGCCCAGAAUCAGAUUGAGAGAUGACAAGGACAAAGGAGCCCAGGCAGAGUGUACCUCAGCUGGCUGGUACCCUCGGCCCCGGGUGAAGUGGAGAGAUUUCAGGGGAAAGGUACUACCUUCUGUGACAAAUCUGUCUGUGUCGGCUACAAGUGGGCUCUUUGCUGUCAUAUCCAACGUGAAGAUCACGGACAGGGUUACGGAAGGCCUCUUUUGCUUCAUUGUGAACCCCCUUCUCCCUGAGAAGAAAGUGGCUGUGAUUCGCCUACCAGCUUCCUUCUCCAGAAGGUUCUGGUCGGCAGUGUGGAGAAUAUGCCUAUCCCUAAUCCUCAUGGCACUGGGAAUUGUAGUAGCUGGAGCCAUCUGCGUACUCUGGAAAAAGCUAAGGGAUGACGUGAGACAUCACGAAGAAAAGGAGCACCCGCAGCAAGCUAGCAGUGACAACGGUGGGCAGGGGAAACGGGACAUACGUCCUGUGUACGCAUGUGUGUGCAUGCACGUGUGGGUGUGUGUGUGCAUGUGUGCAUGCGUGCAUACAUGUUUGUGUGUUUCUGUAUUCUCUUGCAUUCCAGAGUGCAGAAAUGCUCUGUUAUAUGCCAGUAAGUCACAGCCACAUCCUUGUGAAAAUCAAGGUUUAGCUGCCCUAAGAGAACUUAGCUCCUUCUUUUUUAUUUUCUGAGACCCUAGAAGGAAGGGGCAUGGAGAGCCCAUAGCAGUGAUGGUCCUGAGUGUGGGAGACGCUGAAAGAGCCAGCUCUUCUAAGUCAGAGGGCUCAGGGAAGGCUGUUACCAUGGAGAACAGAGAAAUCAGUGACUCUUAGCCUCUAGACAUGAUCUCUUUGGGUGGGACGCAUGCAGUGUAAGUAGAAGAGUCUGUCUGUGGAAAGGGAGAGCCAAUGAUUAGGAAAAGCCUAACUGGUAGAGGAUGAAGAUGGGGCAAGUGAGAGGAGUAAGGAAGAGCCGGGAAGACUUCAUUUGGACACAAUCACUUAUUGAAGAGCUGAGAAGGAGAGUACAUUCAUUCAUUCAUUUAUUUAAAGGAGUUAUUGAGUGCUUCGUAUUCCAGCAACUGGGUAUAUAUUAAUAAAUAAAAUGGAUUUGCCUUGUCCUCAUGGAGCAUAUAAUCUAUUUAGGAUGCAAACAAUCAACCAGUGAUAAUGUUUAAUUAAAACUGGGAUAAAUUGGGAUAAGAGUAUAGGAAUGAAAUGGGUAUGAUAAUGAAGUUUAACAGGAAAGCACUUACCUAGGGUCAUCAGAGUAAGCACUGCUGUAAGGUUGCAGCAUUAAUGCUGAGAGGUGAAGGAUGCAGUAGGCAGUGGAACCCUCCACAGCGACAGGAAGAGCAGGAGAAGAGGACUGUGGUGAGGAAGAGCUGGGAGUGCUGGGGAAGCAGGAAGGAAGACAACCGGCUGAAGAAGAUGGGCAAGAGGAAGAGAAGAACCAAAUGACACUGGGAAGGCUAGUAGGUGCCAGAUCAUGCACAGCCUCAAAGGCCAUGGUAAGGAAUUUGAAUUUUAUUUAAAGAGCAGUGGAAAACUAUUGAGAGGUCUUAAGUAGAGGAGAGAUAUUACUGGACGAGGAGAGGUGAGCAGAUAUGAGAUGUGUCUUGGAACCAAAUGUAGGAAAGUAGAGAAAGAGCAAGGAAGAAAGGAGAAUCAAAGAUGGUACUCAGGUGAACGAGUAAGUACAUAAUGAUAGUUAGAUUUACUGAAAAGGGAAAGAUGUGGGAUGAUGUGAGAAAGGUUUAGGCAAGAGAACUGAUAGUUGGUAAUUUUGUUGUUGUUCUGUUUUGUAUGACCCCUUAAAAUUAUAACGGGAAUCUCUGGGUGUUGCCAAUGGUUAACACACUCAAGUGCUAACCAAAAGAUUGGAGUUUCAAACCCACCCAGAAGGAAGGCCUGGGGAUCUACUUUUGAGAAAUCAGCCAUGGAAAGCCCUAUGGGGCACAGUUCUACGCUCACACACAUGAGGUUUCCAUGAGUUGGAGUCAACUCGAAAACAAAUGGUAAGAUUAAGAUGUUUUGAGACAUCCAAGUGGAGACGUCAAAUAAAUCAUUGAGUAGACAACGCUAGCACUCGCAGUAGGAGUUUGGAUAGGAGUUAUAAAUUUGGGGUUAAUUAAAUAUAUAUGGUAUUUAAAGUUCUGACAAUGAAUAAGAUUUCCAGAAGAAAAGAGGAAAAGGUACAGGACAAGGAAGAAAGAUCAACACCUAGUCCUGAAGAACUCCAAUACUUAAAUGUUAGGCACUACCGGAGGAGCAGGUGAAGGAGACAGAAAAAAUGGACAGAGAAGUAGGAGGAACAUGAAAUUCUUUACCAGUGAAAUCAGGAAUUAAAAUGUGUUGAGGGAGUGGUCAAUUGUGUUGGAAGCAGCUGAGAAAUGGAGUUACAUGAGGGCAGAAAAAUGACUCUUGAAAUCAGCAAAAAGGUGUUGGUAAGUAGGGGAAGGAGACAGGAGGUCCACAAUAGAGGUCCAGAAUUGUUGCUUGUUAUGCAGAGCUGAAAAUUGGUAAGUGGGAAUCAGGGAAAGUUUCUUUUUUUUAAUGUGUUCUUAUUUGUAAUUUAAGGUAAGAUAUUUUUUUUUGUAUAAUAGAAUAUGUGUGUUGCCUGAAGAGAUGAUCCAGUAUGAACAGCGAUUAAGGGUGUAAGGAUAAAGAAAAUGAGAAAAGGAGAACAAUUUUGCAAAGGGGGUGCAUAUGCGGAGGGCCUGCUGUACUGCAGAAGGAAAAAUUGGGGAUGAGGUGGGGCAGGAGGUUUGAGCUGUGUGGAGAGAGUAUGGAAUAGCAGUCUAACAGCAGGGAAGGUGAGAUUACUUUGUGAUACAGCAGGGUUGCCCAAGCUCUUUUGUUAGAUCAGCUGAGGCUCAUCCAGCUUUAGGGCUUUGUAAUAGACACUGCUGGGGAUGGUUGCUAGAGACAGACUAUGAUGCUUCAUAACCAAAGAAUCUGUGAAGAAGAGAAGGGAAAUUGCAACAGCAGGGAGAUGAGGCAGCAGGAUCAAUGGACAUAGGACGUGAUAACAGGUAAUGAGGAAAUCAGGAAGCUGAGAGACAAGGGCACUGAACGGUUCAUCCACCUGGAUAACGAGGUUGUCAAAAAUACUGCGAGGUGUCAGAGUAGAAAGACUAGGAGAUGGGCUAAUUCUUCAGUGAGGGAAGGAAGGUACCAGAAAGUGAGUUUAUGAUCAUAAUGAAGGUGGAAAGUGAGUGAGCCGGAUCCACAAGCACAGAGACUCAGUGCACAAGAGGUUGGGGUAAGGAAAACGUGAAGAAAUGUUCCAGAAGUAGCAGGAGGAGUGGAGGCUUGAGGGAGAAACAAACAAAGAGCUCUUGCUGGAAAGUAAAGGAGGGCAGGAUUUCACCUCAGAAAGGCGAUAAAGAGAUAUUUUGAGAGAAAACUGGGGUUCGAUAGCAGUAGAGGGCUAAGGGUUGAUAAUAUCAAGCCAUUGGAGAUGAGAGUUCGGAAACAGUGAAAUAAUGGGGACAUCUCAUUGGCAACUAAGGCAAACAGCAAUAUGAGGUAUGUAGGACUUCAGAACUGAGAAUAUCUCCUGUGUGUAAUCAAUUGGUUCUUCUACUGUUGCCCUAAAAAUUUCAGUUGUUCGACAGGUGGCUUCCACAGCAGCUGGGCUCUCAGGCCAAACACCAUCCUGAUCUCAUUUAAGGAUCCCAAGUGUAGAGAGACUUUUAUCUCCAAAGCCACUGUCGAUUUCAUGUGGGGGUAUAAGGCUCUGAGGAGAGGUGUGGGGGAGAGCAGGCAAGAGGGCAUGGACCUGCAUGGGCCACAGAUCAGAGAACUCCACUGUGGUGGCACGACAGGCCAGUGAGGAGGCAGGGCAACAGGGAGGGAUUGGGAAGGGUAAAAGUAUUUCUUUUAAAUGUUGUCUGUUUUGGAGCGUGUUCGUUUCAGCAUCUGCUGCUGUGAUGAACCUUCUCAGUGUUUUGCAGAUGAAGCUUUUCCCACAGCUGUGAAAUAGCAUGCUUGCUCUCCAUUUUCUCUCUCUCUGUGUAUCUCUGUUUCUGUGUUUCCCUGUCUCUCUCUGUGGCUGCCUGUUUCUUUUUCUCUUUCUCCUCUCUGUUUCUAUCUCUGUGUCUGUCUCUCUGACUCUUCUCUGUUUAUGUUUCUCUGUCUGUCUCUGCCUCUGUAUCACCCUAUGUCUGUCUCCGUUACUCUCUCUGUCACUCUCACUUGCACACACACACACACAUAACACUAGGACAAGCCUAUGAAAUAAAAUAUUGUGAGAUGAACCAGAUCACAAAAUGCACUUGGUCAUCUGUUGAGUAUCCUAUUAAAAUACCCCUGAUUCCCAGCUUUGUGUUAUCUUGCCCCUGCUUUGGGAUGGGCUGUUUGUAUUGGCUCCUGGCACAGAAAAUUAGGACAAUUAAGGGGUUACCAGAGGCAUCUGUGCCUCCACAUCCAACAGGAACGAAGGGGCAGGGAGAUCUGAAAACAAACCCCAGGUUCCCAAAACUUGCAGGAACUUUGAGGGCCCUAAAUCCAAAAGCCUGACCCUUUUGUCUCUACAGGGAGCAUAUCUCUCGAUCCAGACACUGCAAAUCCCAAACUUGAACUGUCUAAGGAUCUGAAAAGUGUGAGCCGGCUGCUCUACACUCAGGACCUCCCUGACAACCCCGAGAGAUUCAACGAGGACCCUUGCGUUCUGGGCCAGGAGCGAUUCACCAGGGGGAAGCACUACUGGGAAGUCAAGGUGGGAAACAGGAAAGCCUGGACCCUAGGUGUUUGCCUUGAGAGUUUAGAUCGGAAGGGAAGUAUUGCCAUGUCACCAAGGCAUGGCCUGUGGGCCAUGGAGUUUUGCAGAGAAGAACUACGGGCUCUCGCCAUCCCAAGGAUACACCUCCAUCCUUCACAGCCUCUGCAACGGGUGGGCAUUUUCCUGGACUAUGAAGCCGGAAAUAUCUCCUUCUAUAAUGGGGCUGAUGGAUCCCAUGUCUACACGUUCUCUGGAGUCUCUUUCUCGGGCCCCCUGAGGCCUUUCUUUUGCCUGUGGCUAUAUGACCGUAGCCCCCUGACCAUCUGCUCAGGGUCCAGAGAGACAGGGGAGGUUUCUGGCCCUCUGCAGGUCUCUGAACUCCACCAGGAGGCCUCUGUGACUCCUGUUAUUGAGAGAGCAGCAGCAUUCUCAAAGGACAGGGAGCCUCCUCUAAAGAGGCCCAUGUUCUCACCCCAAUCCAGCCCAGUUCUCUGGAAGAAACACCCCUCUCUUAAAUCCCAACUGGAUGACAUAUUAGUUUGACUUUGGGCAAGCUAACAACGCUGUCUUAUCUUCAUUUUUCUCCUCUGUAAAAUGAUGACAGAAGUAAGCACACCACUGG